UUUGCGCAAGGCAGGCCGCAGGCAGAGAGAGAAAGAGAGAGGGGCCGCGAUCCUGUCACAGCAUGUCACUGCCGCUAACUACUUGGCACCGUGGCCAUGUCAGUUCAGGGUGGAACUGAGGAGGAUGACAGACAGCAGCAGCAAUGGUUAGAUUCGGACCGGGGCUGAGUGAAGCUUCGGCUAGGCCGAACGCAGCACCAUCAUUACGCAUCAGCGUCAACGCCACUGGCGAGAAAAGUAAAGAAGACGCUGUGCUUCAACACCUGAACCACGCAUUCGACAUUGUUCUGCCCAGCGCCCGGUCGAGGUCUAGCCAGGCGUCACUGCAAAGCCCCCGCUGCAAGGAGCGGGGUCAGAGGAUGGAGGAAGGAAGAAGCUGAAUGGGGUGAACCGGCCGCAACCCUCGGCAGCAGCCGAUGCAGCAGGCUACGCAUCCCAGCAGCAGACUACGAUCAGGAACUCCAGCGACAUGCGAGACUUUCACAGCAGGGAAGACAGCGAAACGAGCCUCAGGGUGCGGGCUACCGCCUACAGUGCAUGGCACAUGCGGCCCUGUCUCAUCUCUUAUCCACCUUAUUCCUUGCUCUAUCGAAACCCCCUCGAUUGGCAAGGUGUGGUCACGGACAUCGCUGGGCCGGAAAGGCAACCGACAACUGCAGCAGCUCCCACCCCGCGCCACCGUGGGCAGGUCUCCCACUGGGCGAGCAGGUCUCCCACUGGGCGAGCAGGGGGCGAGGAGGAGGAAGAGGAGGAGGAGGGGACGCAAGAGAGGAUGGCGAGAGUCGAACUGCUGCGACACUGGUUGCACCAAGGCACUGGGGGUGCUGCAGGCACGAGCCUCGGCGGCGACCCCGCCCCAGCGCCGCCACGCCCAAGCGUGCCCAGCGUCCAAGAGUCGGGGCGCCCGCGACGAUGGCGAGGACAACAGGGGCUCGCACAGAGGCGAGCACCAGAUCACCGAAGACAGAGGCGAGCCCGGGACCAUCGAAGACCGAGGCUCGCACAGAACCGAGCCUCACGGGACGUCUCUCCUCCUUACGCUCCCAGCGCACCUUCUGCCCACGCGCGUUUGGGCCGUCUUUUGGGGGCGAAGUCGGCGUCAGCACGUCAUCUCGAGCUCUCGCUCGUUUGAAAUGCCCACGGGGCGCCGUUGACGGUGCUCCGUAUAUAGUGGGACUUUACAAGAGCAGCAGAGAGCUCGAGCCCUGUCGCUCUGCAUACCGGGCGGAGUUGCCUCCUUCUCGUUGCCCAUAAAAAAAUUAGCAAUCGGUUUGUAUCAGCGUGCCGCCCACAACGGGCACAAGACUCAAAGAGAAAGGGCAGCGCCGUGCGACCAUUAGUCGUCACGGGGGUGCCACGGGCCCCUGGAAUCGGGCAGCAGACCGUGCUGCGCCUGCCCCGGACCUCUGGAUAACGCGAAGCCCGCGGCUGCCUGGGCGGCGGCCACCCAGCACCAGUUCCACUCUGCUGGCGUCUACGAUGGGCACAGUUCGAGCCUUGAAACUAGGGCGCGAGCCAAACGGUGCUCUCCGUUGUCGUUUUAUUGUAGUGGUCCCUCCCUCGGUCUGCAUCUGUUCCGCCCGUGCUGCAAAAC